CCGAAGCCGAGCGGCCACGGCGGGGGCAGCCCGGCCGGGGCGGCUGAGGGCGGCGCACGGUGCCGACCAGCACCCAAGGCAGCCGGUACCGGGGGCUGGGCCAGGAACGGGGACAGGGACCGUGGGUCGGACGGAACAGAGGGGACCGGGGUAGUGCCAGGCAGCGGGUCCCGGGAGCGGGGCUGUGCCAAGGGGACGGAGCAGCAGCGACGGGACCGUGGGUGUGAGAAGGAAACGGCGCCGACCCGCCCCUGGCACCGCGACCAUCUAAAAGCCCCGGGGCCACCGCACCGGGACCAUGCCCGCCGCAGCCGCCCGUGCCCCCGGCGACUGAGCGGGACCCGCGGAGGCAGCGGGGCCCGGCGGACGGGAUGCCCCGGUGGACGCCGCUCGCCCUCGUCCUGCUCGGGCUCGCCGCCUGCCUGCUGGCCGCGCCGGUGCUGGGCUGCGGCCCGGGUCGGGGCCCGGUGGGGCGGCGGCGGCUGGGGCGGCGGCAGCUUUCGCCUCUGCUCUACAAGCAGUUCGUGCCCAACGUGCCCGAGCAGACGCUGGGGGCGAGCGGGAAGGCGGAGGGCAAAGUGCUGCGGGGCUCGGAGCGCUUCAGGGACCUGGUGCCCAACUACAACCCCGACAUCAUCUUCAAGGACGAGGAGAACACGGGGGCGGACCGGCUCAUGACCGAGCGCUGCAAGGAGCGUGUGAACUCGCUGGCCAUCGCGGUGAUGAACAUGUGGCCGGGGGUGAAGCUGCGGGUGACGGAGGGCUGGGAUGAGGACGGGCACCACCUCCCCGACUCCCUGCACUACGAGGGCCGGGCGCUGGACAUCACCACGUCCGACCGCGACCGCCACAAGUACGGCAUGCUGGCACGCCUGGCCGUGGAGGCCGGCUUCGACUGGGUCUACUACGAGUCCAAGGCGCACAUCCAUGUCUCCGUCAGAGCAGAGAACUCGCUGGCCGUCCGCACCGGCGGCUGCUUUCCCGGCCACGCCACCGUGACGCUGGAGAGCGGUGAGCACCGGGGCCUGGCUGACCUGCGCCAGGGUGACUGGGUGCUGGGCGCCGAGCCAGGCGGGCGCCUGGUGCCCACCGAGGUGCUGCUCUUCCUCGACCGGGACCUGGGCCAACGCGCCUCCUUCGUGGCCAUCGAGACGGCCAGCCCGGCGCGCCGGCUGCUCCUCACCCCGUCCCACCUGGUGUUCGCGGCCCGCGGGGCGGCCAACGGCUCGGCCGCCUUCCUGCCCAUCUUCGCCCGCCGCGUGCGCCCGGGCGACGCCGUGCUGGCCCACGGGGCCGGCGGGCAGGGGCUGCGCCCCACGCGGGUGCUGAGGGUCUCUCGGGAGGAUGGCGUGGGGGUCUUUGCCCCGCUCACCUCGCACGGCACCUUGCUGGUUAACGGGGUGCUGGCGUCCUGCUACGCCGUCCUGGAGAGCCACCGCUGGGCCCACCGGGCUUUCGCCCCCCUCCGCCUCUUCCACGGGCUCCUCUCGCUGCUGCCGGCCCACCCCGAGGCGGGCAACGGGACCGUGCCAGACGUGGGCAUGCACUGGUACUCCCGCCUGCUCUACCGGCUGGCCGGGGGCGUGCUGGGCCACGAGGCCCUGCAGGUGUAGGGGUCCCGGCCCCCCCCCCCGGUUACCACGCGGCAGGUGAUGCCACACACUGGAUGCCACACAGGGGGCUCCAGCCCUGGGCGCCCCCUGGACCCAGGGAGGAGGGACAGGGGCACCCCCGGUGCUGUGGGGAGGUUGGGGCUCGGCACUGCCCUGGGGCACGGGGUGGUGGGCACGGGAUGGAGUGGCACGGGGUGGCCCAGGGGUCUGGCUCAGCCCUGUCCUGUGUCCACAAGCCCCCCGUGGCCGGAGCCCCACGCCCAGACCCCCCCCUGGUAUUUAUUGCUUUAUUAACCACCGCACCGGGGCUGGGCUUGGUACCUGUCAAGGCACAGCCAGGCAGCACCAGACCCUGCCCCGGGGCCGAAUCCAGCUGUGGGGAUGCCAAAAACACCCCAACGCUGAGCACUUGGCAGCAGUUCCUGCCCGUCCCCCUGCUCUGGCUCUGUCCCUGUCACCCACAGUGUCCCUGUCCCUGCGCCACAGGGUGGCUGGACGGGUGUCUGCUGUGGGCACCGGGUGUCUGCCACGGGCACGGGCACCCCGUGCCAGGUCCAACUCUAACCAUGCUAACCGCUAACCCGCCCUGCUUGAGAGUUUUAUUUUUCUAUUUAUAAAUGGUAAUAUAAAUGUCAGCCAUGCCUGCCUGCCUGCCCUGGCAGCGGGGCUCACCCCAUGGGGCAGGGGGGCAGCCUGCUUUUAACCACUUCAGUUUAAAAAAACAAAAGAAAUACUACUAUUUAAUUGUUUGGGAAAAUAAAGGAAGUCUAUGGCCCUAUUGCA